AAUAAUAAUAGUAAUAUUACAUCGGAAGUCCGAAGUCCCAGCGAGUGUCAAUUCCCGGCGGAAUUUGCUCUGACUACGGUCUUCCUGAAACUCCGGCGCCUCAAAAAUGGCGGAAGGAUCCAACACCGUCCACUCGCCCCUCGUCACUUAUGCUUCCAUGUUAUCUCUUCUCACUCUCUGCCCUCCCUUUGUCAUCUUCCUAUGGUACACAAUGGUCCAUGCCGAUGGGUCUGUUUCCCAGACUAUGGCUUACUUAUACCACAAUGGAUUGAGGGGGCUUAUAGAUAUAUGGCCACCGCCCUCUGCUACUGCUUUCAAAUUAAUUGGAUCUUACGCUGCCUUUGAGGCCGCCCUUCAGCUUCUUUUACCUGGAAAAACGGUUUAUGGCCCGAUCUCCCCUACGGGAAAUCAACCUGUUUACAAGGCAAAUGGUGUGGCUGCGUACGUAGUAACUCUGGUUACUUAUAUUGCUCUUUGGUGGUUUGGGAUAUUCAAUCCAACAGUUGUUUAUGAUCAUUUGGGAGAAAUAUUUUCAGCUCUUAUUAUUGGAAGCUUCAUCUUUUGCAUUGUUCUAUACAUAAAAGGCUGUGUGGCGCCAUCUUCCUCUGAUUCUGGUUCGUCUGGUAACAUAAUAAUUGAUUUCUACUGGGGCAUGGAGUUGUACCCGCGUAUUGGCAAACAUUUUGACAUUAAGGUUUUCACAAACUGCAGAUUUGGGAUGAUGUCUUGGGCAGUUCUUGCUGUGACCUAUUGCAUAAAGCAGUACGAAAAGAACGGGACAAUAGCUGAUUCGAUGCUUGUAAAUACUGCAUUGAUGUUGGCUUAUGUUACAAAGUUUUUUUGGUGGGAAGCUGGGUACUGGAACACAAUGGACAUAGCGCAUGAUAGAGCUGGUUUUUAUAUUUGUUGGGGCUGCUUAGUAUGGGUUCCGUCUGUAUAUACCUCUCCUGGCAUGUAUUUGGUCAACCAUCCUGUAAACCUUGGAACUCAGUUGGCAGUAUAUAUUCUAGUAGCAGGCAUGCUUUGCAUAUAUAUCAACUACGAUUGUGACAGGCAGAGACAAGAAUUUCGCCGAAAAAACGGGAAGUGCUUGGUUUGGGGAAAAGCUCCAUCUAAGAUAGUAGCUUCAUACACCACUACAUCUGGAGAAACCAAAACUAGCCUUCUUUUAACCUCUGGAUGGUGGGGCUUAGCAAGGCAUUUUCAUUAUGUACCAGAAAUUUUGGCUGCAUUUUUCUGGACAGUUCCAGCCCUUUUCAAUCAUUUUCUACCAUAUUUCUAUGUGAUAUUCCUUACUAUCCUUCUGGUCGACCGAGCUAAAAGGGAUGACGAUCGAUGUCGGUCCAAGUAUGGCAAAUAUUGGAAACUGUACUGCGAGAAAGUGCCUUACAGAAUCAUUCCUGGAAUAUGCUAAUACGGCUUCCUAAAUUUGUAUAUCACUUAUAGUACGAUCUAAAUACUUUGUUUGUUUGUUAUUACCUUUGUUGCUCGCUUCACUUCAUGUAAACCUUAUAAUAUUGUAACACUUUUUUCAUCCUUCUUAUCUGUUGUUUUUGUAUGCAAGUUACUAGAGCUUUCACCA